AUGUCACCACCAAACAAUGACCGCACAGAUAUUUCUUCUUCACAACACGAUGAUGAAUUAACGACUCAACUUCCACAGGGGCAACAAAAAGAUUUUUCAUUACAAGAAAUACGCCAAGACGUGAUCGCCUCGAUGCCACCAAGAUCAUCUACAUGGCCAGAUUCAAUUCAGGAUACAUCCUCACAUACAAAUAAUAACACUACCUCACGUUGUAAUACAUUGGAUAAUUCAUCGCAUUAUAGAUCAAUUAGCCAUCAUUUAAGUCAAUCUGUAAAGAGGUUAAGCGUUUUGAUACCAGGCGGAUGUAAUCAAGACAAUGCUGGACGUGAAAUACCCGUUAAUCCGAUUAAUCAAGACCUUUUAAUAGAUCCACAAACCAAGAAACCAUUCAUUAAUAACUCUAUCACGACUUCACGUUAUAAAAUUUAUAACUUUUUACCAAAACAAAUUAUGUAUCAAUUUUCAAAAAUAGCAAAUAUUUAUUUUUUAUUUGUGGCGGCAUUACAAUCCGUACCUGAAUUUUCUCCUACAGGACGUUAUACUACUAUAAUACCUCUUAGUGUAUUUAUGUCGAUCGCGAUAGCUCAUGAAGGUUUUGAUGAUUAUCGUAGACAUAAACAAGAUCAAGUAGAAAAUAAUAAUGAAUGUAAUUCAUUAAAUGUUUAUAAAUCAAAUGAUUCUACUACUCAACGUCUUGGUGUUUGGAGAAAAACUAAGUGGAGAAACUUGAAAGUUGGUGAUAUAGUUUCUGUUAAAGCUCAAGAGUGGAUACCCGCAGAUUUACUUUUACUUCAUUCUAAUGGUGAAGAGGGUACUUGUUAUAUUGAAACCGCUGCUUUAGACGGCGAAACCAAUUUAAAACAGCGUCAGGCUUUAAAAGAAACAAAUUCUGUCACAUCUUCUCUUGAAGCCCUCGCCGCUUUUCAAGCAACUGUGAAUACAGAAAAUCCAAAUCAGGAUUUGUAUAAUUUUGAUGGAUCAAUUACAUUAUCAGAUGGAAAAACAUAUUCACUCUCAAAUAAUCAAAUCCUAUUACGUGGAACAAUUCUUCGUAAUACACCGGAAAUUUAUGGAUUAGUCAUAUUUACAGGAGAAGAGACAAAACUACGCAUGAAUGCAUCAAAAAAUAUUCGCACAAAAGCUCCAAGUAUACAAAAAUUGAUGAAUAAAAUUGUUAUCAUUAUUUUUUGUUUUGUAAUCUUCUUAGCAACGACAAGUACAAUAAUGUCAGUAUUAUGGGCUAAAAAUCAUGAAUUCGAUGAAAUUUACCUAAAAGGGUUUAAUAAAGUCCAAAAUGUUUUAGCAGGUUUCAUCAUCCUAUUUAAUACAAUGAUUCCGAUUUCACUUUAUGUGACUAUGGAGAUUGUUAAGUUGGCUCAAGCUUACUUUAUUAAUAAUGAUUUAGAAAUGUAUCAUCAGGAAACUGAUACACCUGCUGAGGCAAGAACGUCUACAAUAAAUGAAGAGUUGGGUCAAGUUAGUUAUUUGUUCUCGGAUAAAACUGGUACUUUAACAGAUAACAUCAUGUUAUUUAGAAAAAUAAGUGUUGGUGGGAGAGCAUUCAUACAUGAUUUAGAUUUAAGGAGAAUUGAAGAAGAAGAAUUAUUAAAAAUGAUGAAACAAUCUCGAAGAAGUGCUACGAAUCAAAGACGUAAAAGAUUUUCCGUCACUUCAAUAAGAUGGAAUAAUCGUUCCCAAUCACGUGAUGAAUCAAACGAUGGGGAUGAAUUCGAACAACAACUUAAGCGUAAUGAUUCAACGCGAAGCGGAAAAUUUUCAAUGAUAGCACCAAAUUCAACCGGACCAUCUCCACUAUACAAGCGUGAUUCAUAUUCGGGAGCUUCUAUGAAAUCCGUUAAAAAAACAGGUCAACAGAUAAAAUCAACUUUGGAUUUAUUAACAAUCUUACAGCAUCAAAAUAAUACGCCAUUUUGUGAGAAAGCGAGAUUUUUUUUAUUGGCAAUUGCAUUAUGUCAUACCUGUGUUCCUGAAAUAGAUGAAUCGACGCAAGACGUGUUUUAUCAAGCCGCAUCACCUGACGAAUUUGCACUCGUUACCGCAGCGAAGGAGCUGGGAUAUAUUGUGACGGAUCGUUCAAUGUCUUUGGUCUCUUUAAGGGUUAAUAAUGAUGGACCUGAUGGAUUAAAAGCCCCUAACGAUUCUACGGCGACGUAUGACACAUUCAAGAUUUUAAAUGUUAUUGAAUUUUCAAGUAAACGAAAAAGGAUGUCUAUAGUGUAUCGUUUACCCGAUGGACGAAUAUGUUUACUUUGUAAGGGGGCUGAUUCAAUUAUACUAGAAAGGUUAAGAAAUCCUGUUAAGAGGUCACGAAAAGGUAAGGGAGCCCUUGAUAAGAAGGGGAAGAUCGAUGAAGACAAUAAAGAAAAUCAAUCCGAAAAAAGACCAUCACAUAAACUUCGAGUCGAUAUUACAAACAUUGUUAACGAAAAUUCAAGCGAUCAAUCUGGGUCAUCACUUCUAUCAUCAAAUCCAAAUACGCCAGUUACACCUUCAACAGCAAAUGAAUCUCAUACAUCACCAAUUUCCAUAAAGAACGCACAUGAACGUAGUUUCAGCAUAAGGACCGUAGAUUCGGAUCGUUCAAUGGCUGAUUUGUUUCCAAUGCGUGAUGAUACAUGGUUGUAUAGUCAAACAAUGUAUCAUAUUCAAGAUUUUGCAACUGAAGGACUUCGUACAUUACUUUACGGUCAUAGAUUUAUGGAAGAAGAAGAAUAUACAAUGUGGAAUAAAUUGUAUCAAGAAGCGUCAACUUCACUUGUUGAUAGACAACAAAAAUUGGAAGACGUAGCGGAAUUGAUUGAGCGUGAUCUAGAAAUCACAGGAGCAACGGCGAUUGAAGAUAAAUUACAAGAUGGAGUACCAGAAACAAUUGAUAACUUACGUAGAGCUGGUAUAAGGGUUUGGAUGUUGACAGGAGAUAAAAGGGAGACCGCCAUCAAUAUCGGAUAUUCAUGUUCAUUAAUUAAAGAUUAUUCAACGACGAUUAUUAUCGAUUCAAAUGUUGAAGAUCUGAAAUUGAUGAUGAAAAGGGCAUUAAAAGAUGUAAAGAAUGGCAAAGCUACACAUCCAGUCGCGGUCGUGGAUGGAUCAACGCUCAUGAAGAUUGAACAAAAUCCGGAUAUCAUGGAAAUAUUCGUCGACUUGGGAAUAUUAUGUGAGGCUGUAAUAUGUUGUAGAGUGAGCCCAUCACAAAAAGCGCUCGUAGUCAGAAACAUAAGGGGUAAAUUGACGAAUCACGUGACAUUAGCGAUCGGAGAUGGGGCAAACGACAUCGCUAUGAUACAAGAAGCACAUGUUGGGAUUGGAAUAACGGGACGCGAGGGAUUACAAGCAGCACGUUCCAGUGAUUAUUCAAUAGCACAAUUUAGAUUUUUAAGUAAUCUGUUAUUCGUACAUGGUAGAUGGUCAUAUGUUAGAGUAUCAAAAUUUGUUUUAGGAACAUUUUAUAAAUGCAUGUGUUUUUAUCUAACGCAAGGUUUAUUUCAAAUAUUUACUGGAUUUUCUGGAACAAGUUUAUAUGAACAAUGGACUUUAUCAUUUUAUAACACAUUAUUUUCCUCAUUACCUGUGAUCGUUAUUGGAAUGUUUGAAAAAGAUUUAAAUAUGAAAACAUUGCUUGGCGUGCCUGAACUAUACCGAUUAGGUCAACGUGAUGGUGCGUUUAAUUUAAAAUUAUUCUUUUCAUGGAUGGGAGCUGGAAUAUUUAAUGCUAUCGUCGUGAUAGCGAUACCGUUUAUUAUACAUGGGUAUUGGGAAGGGGAAGAAUUGAGAGCAUUUGGUUCCCCACAAUUAUAUGAAUUAGGAAUGAUUGUAUAUAGUUGUAUAGUUUUCGUUGUUACAAUUAAAAUUGCUUACUUGGAAUGUCAUAACUGGACAUGGUUGACCCAUGUUACUUCAAUAUUAACGUUAAUUGGAUGGUACACUUAUCAAACCAUUUAUUCGUUCUUAUAUCCAAAGGUUUCUAGUGAGGUUUAUGAUGUUAACGGUACUUUUCAAAGGGUUGGCACUAAGUCGGAAUAUUGGGUUACUGUUAUGUUGACCGUUUCUAUAGCUUUAUUACCUAAUUUAUUGGUUAAAUUGGUUAAAAGUAUCAUCUUACCUACUGAUGUUGAUAUCUAUCAAGAAAUUGAAAAGGAUGAACAAUUUUUAGACAAUUUAAUUGAAGGGGGAAAUAAGAAUACGAAUGAUGAUAGUAAUAUUGAAGGUGGUUUUAAAAGACAAGGUGUUAAAAAGGGAGAGAAUAACAAAGAGAGAGAUAAUAUUAAGAGGAAUUCAUCGGAUCUAGUAGAAAAAAAUAUAGACACGUUGAUAAUAUCAGAAAUCCCUCCAACUCCAGCCAAUUUUUCCCAAGAUGGUAAUUAUUCUCCGACAGAAACUGAAGAUGACUCAUAA